CUGGGGUGACCGAGCAUUUUUGCGAAUAGAAAUGUCCCAAUACUUUAUUUGGAGUUUAUGUUCUCUUUUCAUUUAGCCUGUCUCUGGAAACCAAAGGACACAUUUGCUGGCAUUCAUGGCCCCAAGUACACUCACUCCAUCACAGUAACUCUCACAACAGCAGAAUUAUUUAAUGACGGGCGACAUUAUUUGCUGACAUGGAUACACGGAGCAUCACUUUAUCGUUGCUGCUGAGCACCAUGGCUAUAUCGGUGCAGCAUACGGACGUUUUCAAAACAACAUCCAUAAAGCCAACUUACCAGCUCCAAGAGGCCACCGUGCUCUGGGAUCCUGCCCAGAAACGCGUGAUCCUGAAGGAAGGGGUGAUAGAGACUGAGGGGGGGGCCUAUGGUUACUUCAAUGACACUCUGUUCCUCUCUGGAUGGGGCAUCUUGGAGAUCAGAGCAGGUUAUGGGGGAGUUCAACUGGAAGAUGAAACCACCUUCUUCCUGGCUGGAUACCUGGAGGGUUACCUCACCGCUGGGCAGAUGCUCAGUCAUUAUUUCAACAUGUAUCCCCAGCUGAUGAAGGAUGAGAGGGUUUUAAUCUCCUUGAAAAGCUUUUUAAGAAAACAGGACCAGUGGGCCCGAGAGCAAGUGAGACUGAGGAAAAACAAUGACCCCCUGUGGAAAUAUUUGGGACUUAUCUUGGCCCAGUUGGAUGGAAUCCAUGCUGGAGCGGCUCAGUGGGCCAAAAACAAACAUAGAGAGCCUCUGUCAGUGUUUGCAGUCCAAUUCCUGAACGGCGUUGGUGACCUCCUGGACAUUGUCCCAGCUCUGACACUUCGCUCCAACUCCUCCGCACAGACUGGCGCUUUCAGAAUGCCAGGAAUGGGUCACUGCACUGCUCUCAUAAAGGUGCUGCCAGGCUUUGAGAACCUGCUGUUUGGCCAUUCUAGCUGGUACACUUAUGCAGCCACUAUGAGGAUCUAUAAACACUGGGACUUCAGGGUAUCUGACACACAUGCCGCCACAGGAAGGAUGUCAUUCAGCAGCUACCCUGGGUUCCUGACGUCACUUGAUGACUUCUACCUCCUAGGAAGCGGCCUGCUGAUGACUCAGACUUCUAUUGGUAUCUUCAAUGCAUCCCUGUUCUCCCAGCUUAGUCCUUACAGCUUACUAGCUUGGCAAAGAGUCCGCUUGGCCAAUAGUCUGGCUCACAAUGGAGAGGAGUGGGCAAAACUUUUCUCCAAAUACAACUCAGGUACAUAUAACAGCCAGUACAUGGUGGUGGACCUGAGUAAGAUUUCUCUGCGUCAUAGCAUCAGGAAAGGAGCUCUGACAGUGGUGGAGCAGAUCCCAGGAAAGGUGCUGCAUUCUGAUCAGACGCCAGUUUUACGCAGUGGUUAUUGGCCAUCAUACAACAUACCGUUUCACACUGAGAUCUACAACCUCACCGGAUACAGCUUGAUGUGGAAGAGAUACGGAGAAGACUUUUCCUAUGAUCUCUGUCCAAGGGCUAAAAUCCUCCGCAGGGACCAGGCCAAGGUGUCGGACCUUCGCUCCCUCAAACAUAUGAUGAGAUACAACAGUAGCUUAAGUGGUUCUCUUUUAGACUACAAGAGAGAUCCCUACUCCAAAGGUCAUCCAUGUAAAACCAUCUGUUGCCGUAACGACUUGAGACCAAGGAGACCACGCCCAGGUGGUUGCUAUGACACAAAGGUGACGGAAUACCAGAUGGCCCUCCAGCUGGCGGCAGAAGCCAUUAAUGGCCCCACAACUCAAGGUGGCCUGCGUCCAUUCUCGUGGCAAUCUUUCAACCUCACGGCUCAUCAGGAUCUCCCACACACCUACAAAUUUGACUUUGUCUCCAUGAGAGCUACGCUGUGUUCGCCCUGAAAGCUCAGAGAGAUGCCAUCAGUCCAGCUGGAAUUCCCACACUUCCAGGGAAUCUGAUCGCUAGGGGAUGUAUCGUAAUACUGACAGUCCUGUCAGUACAUGUCCAAUUACUGAAUACAAUGUGAAGGAAUGCAAAUCUUAAAUAAUGAAAAAAAACGUUGUUUUUAUCCUCCAACCAUUUAUGUUCAGUGUCUCAUGGUGAAGCAUGUUAUCUAUGUUACACCCCUUUAUUUCACAAUCAGUGUGCCUCCUAUAAUUAUAUUAAGUUGUUUGUCAUUAAUUAAAUGUCCCAAAUCAACUUGGAGAUAAAUUUGCUUCUUUAACUGACCACUAGCCACUUGACUCUGUGAGAUGUUAUUGAUUAGAUAACUAUCUUAUCGGCUAUAUAUUGUCAAUUUGUUGGCAUGCUGAUCGUCCAUUUUCACACAUUGUUUCCCCAAUUAUUUUACUACUUUGAGAUAUAUGCAUUGUCUUCUCAGGUUCAUAAAAUGAAGAGAAUAGUUUUUACUUAAUUUAUGUUCAUUUUAACAGUAAAGGUUGAAUAUUAAAUGUAUUGUCGUUCAAUGUCCAAACUAGCACUUGUUUCUGGUCUAGACCUAAGUUUGGCAGAUUGAUGGAGAACA